GUUAACAGGAGGCACUGCCUGGGCCCUAGCAGCACUCGAUUCUAUCAAGGGAAUGUGUGUUGGAGAACUGUCCAAAAAUGAGAGCUACUGGGUAGUUGACAACUCUACAGGAGAGGUUGCUCUUCCAGAAGAGUUAGAUGUCAUCCAGUGCCCUAAUGAUUACAGCAGCAAUGGUGUAUGUACUAGAAAUAAUGGUACUAGUACCUGUGAAUGUUACCCAGGGUAUGUGUCAAGUGACUGUUCUAUCAGCAGGGAUACUAUUCCUGACUUAUAUUAUAUGCCAACAAAUGGGCUUUGUGACAUAUCUCAGCGGCCAUGUCUUGAAACUCCAGUUUAUGGAGGUCCAUUUGUACAGUCAUCAAGCCUGUCUUGUAAAAUAGAACAUCUCACGGCAUCUGGUGUGAUUACUGAAUAUAACGAUGCAGAGUUCGUACAUGAAGAAGAGGUGAUCUGCCCAUUCCCAAAAUCACGUCUAAAGAGGAGUGAUAUCAGUAGUGAUGAAGUGAUCAAGGUUUACAAUAUCAGCAUCAGUAACAGUGGUACCAACUACAGUCAUCCUCUGAAAGUGGCUGUGUAUGACUCUAAAUGCUACAAAUGUGAUGGGCCAUCACAAUGCCAGUUAAAGAAUGGAACAUGUAGUAUAAAUGGUCAAUGCUAUAAUUAUGAGGAACAAAACCCCAGUGAUGCCUGCCAAAUCUGUAAUCCUAAUGUCACUACUAGUGAUUGGUAUCUUCAGCCCAGUACCUGCACCAUUGACAACCAGUGUUACACAGAUGGUCAAGAAAAGACAGGGUCUUUUUGCCAUGUUUGUUCUUCAGAUAAGAACAGAAAUUCUUGGGAUAUUAAGGCAACCAAUAGCUACCACCAGCUGAUCGUUAUUCAUAUUAAUUUCCCAUUGAAAUUGGACUGUUUUUACUUACUUAAAGAUAAAAUUUAG